UUCCUGUCUGAUGGGAGGCUGUAGCAGAGUGGAGGUGACACGUAAGACGGGAGAUUGGGGAAAAGGCCUGGAAGUUUUCAUUGCUGUGAGGUUAAAAGACAAACAGUACUUUAUUGUUGCAGAGCUGUCUUCCAGAAUAGGGCUCGCUGCAACUUGACAGACCAGAAAGCGGUCCACGGUCUCUGCCUAUUCCUAAAAUUGGAUCGGAGACUUUUAAAAAAAAAAUUGAACUUUGUAACUUGUAACCUGGAAAAGAUUUUGAGCGAGAAAAGCAGUUAAAGUUGCAGGCACGCCUGUGCCCAACUGAGUGCCGCAGGCUGUUGUGCCCCUGAUUCAUUAAACAUUGAAUCGGGAAAGGGGGUACCUCCCUCCCCCCUCCCCCGAAUUCUUCGCUUUGGAGCCGUCGAGAAGGCGUCCAGCUAGAAACGGGAGGAAUAUGGGGAACAGUAUGUGUUCCAGGCGACAGAAAAAGAUUUUUCAAACUUUGUUCUUCCUUACAAUAGUUUUUGGGUUUCUUUAUGGUUUGUUGUUAUACUACGAGAUGCAUAAUCAGUUAAGGAAGGCGGAAACACUGGCGUCGAAGUACCAACAGCAUCAAGAGGCUUUAUCUGCACAGUUGCAAGUUGUUUAUGAACAUAGAUCAAGAUUAGAAAAAUCACUACAAAAAGAAAGAAGUGAACAUAAAAAAGCAAAAGAAGAUUACUUGGUUUAUAAGUUAGAAGCGCAGGAAGCCUUAAACAAAGAAAAACAAGAUUCCAGUAACCGAUACAGUGCACUUAGUAUCCAACACAAAAUGAUGAAGAAUCAACACGAAGAUCUGCGAAAACAAUAUAGUGACCUACAUGAGGAACAUCUAAGACUUGGAGAGGACCACAAUAGAGCAAUGAGUGAGCACAACCGGCGAUACCUCAGCCUUCAACAAACUAAGGAGCAGGAGAUUUCUAAACUGAAAGAGAAUAUUUACAAUCUACUUGAAGAGAACAAAAAGUUGAGGAAAGCUCAUCAGGAUGUCCAUGUUCAACUCCAGGACGUGAGGCAAUUGCAUAAAAACUUAUUGUUGCAACAUGACCAGCUACAAGUGACUUUAGAAGACCACAAGAACUCAUUAUCAGCUGCACAGGCUCAGGUUGAAGAAUAUAAGCAACUAAGAGAAACCUUGAACAAAAUGCCCAGCCUAAGACAAACUGAACAAAAGCCACCUUCCAAUGCAGAGAAAUCUCAGCAAGGUGUUGCUGAGCCUUUGCAAUAUCACAACAAGCUGGGAGCACGAGACCAGAUUGCAUAUAGAAGUGAAGAUAACCAGCAUAAUGAGAAUAAAGGUGUGCAGCUACAUGGUAAUCUCAUGAAGAAUGAUGACACUAAAAUAAGAGGAGAUAAUGAAGAAGUAGAAGAGAGACAAUAUACUCAGCAUGAAAACUGGCAAAGGAAUGAUCAUCAAGCACAUUCAGAUUUGCAUAAUCAAGAGUAUGAAUCACAGGAGCACCAUCAUGAAUGGGAACAGGAAGGAAAAGAAGAUCCGACAGUGGACCACACAGAGCUCCAUCGGCAACAUCGUGAGGAAGAAGAAACUGAACAUCAUUUGAUUCAAAAUCAGGACAAUGAAAAUUACCACACAGAGGAACAAGACCCAGCCAGAGGCAGUCCAUCCGAGAUAACCAUGAAGCACAAAUCCCCUUAUGAGGAACAGUUGGAACAGCAACGUUUAGCAGAGCUACGGGCAGAAGAAUCACGCAAACUGAAAGAAAGACAAGAUGCACUGCACGAACAGAGACUGAGGGAAUACAUGGAUCGACAGGAACGCCUCCAGCAAGAAGCAGAACGGAAAGAAGAGUUGUUGCGAGAAGAACAAUUAAGGAAGCAGUCAGUUUUUAAUAACGAAGAUACUGCUGAAGGUGGUGAUGAAAGAGAUGUACAUGAAGAGGAGGAAGAGGAUGAGAACAAUCCACAUGAGGAACCUGAAGAUGAGGACCCAGAAAUAGAAAAUGAGGAGCAGCACACAGAACAUGAGACUAUGAACGAACAGCUUGGUGGAAAUCCUGAUCAACAGGAAGAUAAUCUAGAUGAACAAUACCAGGAUGAGGGAGAGGACGAGAUCGAUAAGAAAGAAGGGGAUCCUAACAAACAAGAAGAAGAGGCAAUAGCUGAUGAAACCAAUCAGGAAGGGGAGAAAGAAGAUGAAAAUUAUGAAGAGGAGGAGGAGGAAGAAGAAGACAGAGAAGACCCUGCUGCAAGGACGAAUCGGCGGGCAGAGAUGUGACAUUCUUACAGUUAGCUUUAUAAUGAUUUUGUUUCAUUAUCCAAUUUGAUUUGUUUGACCCACAAUAUUUUAAAGGAACUUUCACAUAAAGAUAUAUAAUGUAUUUUUCAGGUUAAUUUAAAUUUGGACAUAUUUAAAGAUAAAGUAUUAAAACCCUUUAAAUGCAUCUGCUUCCUGAUUGUAAUUUGUAAUAUGUUCAAUGUGAAAGAGUCCUCAAAAGUUCAUAGAACACUUUUUUUGAAUUGUAAAAUGUUCAGUCAUCUUUGUUUAAGGCAUUUUGUAACUCCUAUGAAAAUAUUUUUUCGAUGCAAAGUCAAUUAUAACAUAAGCAAUUCUUGAACGUGUCUGAAGUUCAUCAAAGCCUAUUUUCAAAUGAGUGAUAUUUAUCAUUAUGAUUAGAUGUUAAUUUGUAAACAUAACUAAUCAUGUAAGAAGCACUGCUCUUAGGCACUGCACACAGCUCAUGACUUUGUGCAAUACUGUAAAAUGUGUGAGAGCCAGUCACCGUACAUUUUACACUCUUCCUGAUUUUGGUUUCCAUUAAUUCAAAUCAUCCAUUUUAUACUUUUGCACAGUCAAAAAUUAAUUAUCAAAGUUAGGUCAGAGCAUUUAGCUUUGUUUUCAGCUUUGUAACGAAAUGUACUUCAUAGAGAACUGUACUUCAUGCGGUAGUUUGUAAUUCAUCCAGUGUUACCAAACCCAACUUCAUUGUGUUACUGAGUAAUAUUCUGUUCAAAGGAUAUUGAUCAAUUUUUUUUCUGUAUAAUAGGGAGACUCAAUACAGAUGUAAUCCAUUUAUGCUCAUGGAUUUACUGUUGCUAUUUUUGUCUGUUUUGUUUUCUGAAAGAAAAUUAUAUUUAAAACUGCUUUAAAACAUAUUGCUUUGAAAUGACAAUCAAAGAAGUAAAAAAAACCAUGAAGAGAGAAGCUGACAACAGUUUUUAGCUUGGUUAUUCCAUAAAGGUCCUUAACUUUCAAUUUAUUUCUGAGCAAGUAAAUUGGUGCAAUUUAAAUGUAAUCCUUCAUUUGGAAGUUAUGAGAAUAAAAGGGUAUGUGAAGAAGCAUAUAGUUCCUGAUCCAUGAGGCACACUAGUCUGCACAGUGCAGAUAUUUUAAUAAUUUUAAUGCAUAAAAAUUUAAAGCUUAAAAAUUUAAUAUGUAAGUCAUUCUGGCUUCAUUAAUGUCAAGGUGGCAGAAAUUUCCACAAAAGUGAAAGGUUAGAUUUUUCUGUCGGAUUUUUAAUUAUGUGGUGCAUAUGAUCAACUAAUACUUGUUCAAUUAAGCAAACAAGUGUUGAUUUUUGGUAUUGAAUUUAUACAUAGAAUGAAAUAGUUAUGAGUGCAUUGUAUUAAUACACGUACAGAGCAUUGGACCCAACAUUUUCACAUGUUUAUGCCUCACACAAGUCUCCUCUCAUUUUGAUCUAUUGCAAUCAAUAAUAAUUCCAUUAUUCUCCCUGACCUGUGUUUAUCUAGUUGCUCUUAAAUGCAUCUAUGCAAUUCACCUCAACGACAUCUGACAGUUGUGACUACCACAUUCUAAUCACUCUCUCUGUAAAGAAUUUCCUUGUGAAUUCAUACUGGACUUAUUGUCUGUCAUAAAUUUAUGGUUUCGAUUUCUGGUUGGCCCCACAGUGGAGAAAUCCAUAAGUGUACCCUGUAAAAUGAAAGACCUCUAACAGGUCUUAGGACUCCAUUUUUUAUAGAAAAAAAUCUCCAACCUGUUCAACCUUUUCUUACUGGAAUAAGCUCUGUCUUCUAAUGUCUUCUAAUAAUUUGUUUUUUUUUGAAAUUGCUCCAGUGCCUUUGUUUUCCAUAUAAUAUUGAGACAUGAGCAGCUUAGACUACCUUGUGUUAUCUAAUCGAGAAUGUAUGUAAGCAUAACAUAACUCGUGCUUUUAGUUCUGUUUUGCCAGAAAAUUACCCAGGUGCUUGUUUAAUUAUUAUGGCCUUGUUAACUGAUAUCGUUACACAUAGUGAUUUAAACAUUCACACCCCAAACUCUUUGCUCUCCUGCCCCUUUAAACAGUUAUUUAUGAAAUAGUAUAAAACCUCUUUAUUCUUCCUGUCAGAAAAAAAACCUUACAUUUAGCUAUAUUGAAGUUCAAUUGCCACUUGCACAGUGAUUCAUGGAGAUUGUUAGUGCCUUUCUAUAUUUUGUUGUUGUCCCUCUUUGAAUUUAUUAUGCAUACCCAUUUGAUAUCUUCCACUAGAUUUUAAAUUGGGUUUCCAAUUUUCAAGCCCAGAGUAGUUCAUUGCAAGUGUUGAAUAUCAGAGUCCCUGCACUGGUCCUCAUGAAAUACUAUUUUCCACUUUUUGCUAGUCUGAAUAAUCAUGAUGAACCCCUUUGCCUGCUUUGUCACCAGCAUGCUAUCCAUUCUGAUACUUGUCUUAUGGCUUUAUUUGUGAGCCAACUAAGUGGCAUCUUAUUGAAGGCCUUGUCUUCCUUUUUUGUUACUUUUUCAAAGAAUUUUAUGAAGUUGGUACUGUAUGCUCAUGCCUUAGGAAAUCCAGGUUCCAGAUGUCUUUCUGGUCCUUCUUUGAGUAAGGAUUCCAUCAUCUUUCCUACCAAUGAAUUAAGCUAAUAUAGUCCUUUGGACAUGUUUUAUUGCCUUUUUUAAACAAAAUUGAUUUAAAUCAAUUCAAAUUUGAAGUAAAAUGGUACUGGCGUGUAUUAUAAUCGAUUUUCUUGGAGUUACUAAAGAGAUUGGUUUUUUUGAGAUGUUAAUUUACUUUAAGAACACAAUAGAGCAAUUAUUGUUCUGUUGUAGUAUGCAGAAAGAUUAAAAUUUCUGACUGACUGGUAUUCACAUUUGUUUGGUUGGCUAUAUUAUUUUUAUAGUGCCUGAACACUUUUUAAAUAAUUGUAAUACCAGCUUUUUAAUACUUUACCAAAGUGAAUAAUGAUGUUACAUGAAACAAAAUUUUCUACUAAACACAAGCAUAAAUUACAUUCAUGUGUUCCUUUUACAGUUUUUAUAAUGGGGUCUAGGGUAAUUAUGCAAAUACGCGGAAUAGAUUUUGCCUGGGUUUGUUGUCAGCAGUACUCAUGUGGACAAGUAUAUUGUGAGAGUUUCUAUUCACUUAGUGUAAAGUGUAUAUUAUGUAAAUAAAGUUGCUGAUCAACAAAACUUAAACACUAUAUCACUAAGUACUAUGAUUUCCAAAGGACAUUAAGUGAUUAUGUGAAAUUAUUGGCCAUUAUUAAACUGUGUGAUUGUUCAA